AUGGGGUGGUACAGCCUCGAUAAGUGCGCCGUGGUGCAUUUCUGGUCGAAGUACGCGAGUCGGCGGGCUUGGCUGUCGGUGGUGUCGUCGUCGUAUGACAUCAAGAAUAGAUCGAGGAAGUCACGUCGCGAUGUCAGCUGCGAGCAGAUGAGGCGCGCUUUUGCGAAGAAGCGGUUCUGGAAGCUCGAGCGGUCGCUGCGGUAUUUGCUCAUUAGGCGCUUUGAGAUUGAGGAGGAGGAGGAAGAGGAUGAGCGGAUGAGGAGGGGCGAUGUUUUGUGGUGGAGAGCGUCGCCUUUGGUGGCGUGGUCGUUGAGGAAGAGCACUUUCAUCCCUUGCUGGCAGUCUGUUGCCCGCUGGUCGAAGGCUGGGCGGGGUGGAGAUGAAGGGUUGGGCGCGGAAGGGCGCGUGCUGGUGAUGCGUGAUGUGGGGGACGCUUUGGACUGGGAACAUUACUGCUGUCUGGCGGGAAAGCCUCCGGGGUCUAGCAGACGCCUUCGAUUGGUGGUAAGACUUGAGGUGCGUACGGCUUUGACAGUAGAAUGGCCGCGGUCAUAG